AUGUUGCGACCCAGGCCAACCGUUAUCUUUCUGACUCACGCAGACAUCACUGAGGUCGUCCACCGCCGUCGAUUCCGUAGGUUUCUCGAAUAUGAUAACGAUGAUGCCUGUGUUACCUUGGCCCCGACCGAUCCGGAGACAACACACUUGGUGAAGGAGUCAAAAUCCUCGUCAUCACGCACCUUUAAAUACGAUAGGACACCAGAGGCGUACGAUAGCGCAGGAUACAUUUCUCCUUCCCCUCCAUACAGCCGAAUCCGCCCCUUGACAGCUGACCUCCCACUUCCUCUACCGGCUGGUAUGGGAGCCGAGGGAAACACCUCGUCGUCGCCCAACGCAUGCAGCAGCCAGACAAGCUCUUCGAAGACCAGGAGAAACCAGCAGCGAGGCUCAGUCUGGACGCGUCAGCUCUGCCUGCGGCCAAAACGUAGCGUGCCCCCCGCCGCGACUGCGUCAACCAAUGAUGGAUCAAGAACCGAACGGAGCCGUGCUGCGGAACAGGCCUGUCUCCUCUCAGAUGGGACGGACGCAAGGAGAGAUGCCGCUGGCCAAUCUACACAACAGCAUGGGAUGCGGUCAGAAUCAUUCACGACCCCCCUGACCCCUUCGCCAAGCUCUGCCUGCGUAUGUAGCCAAGAUUUUGACCGGAGUCUCCGAGCCGACGUAACUGACUCUGGCGCCCAGGAAAGUCGGUCCGACGUUUCGUCACCGGUGCUCGUGAUGAGAACUCCAGGGCGACUCCGGGUUUACAAUGACUCCCUACCCGCUUCAUCUCAACCCCAGACGCCACAACACCUGCUUGAAGCUCGGCAUCAGAGCCAGCUGCAAGCGCACUACACGGCUCCAGUUCGGCGUACAUCCCCACACAUGCUCUGGGCCCGGACAACAACUUGGUCUCGGAGAUAUUUUGGACGGAGAAGGGAGCCGAGCCCACUGGGACUCCAGAGCCCGGGUUUCAGGGGUCUGUAUGGCAGCGUGGAAAACAGGGACGAUGCAGAGUUGGGCCAGGAGAUGGCCGAAGACAUGACGCAAAGAUGGGGAGGCGCUCUCCGGCCCAGGCCCAGCAGCACGGGAUGA